GCAGUUCGGAAGGGCAGAGGAGUCCGGGAAGGCUGGAUAUUCCUCAAGAAGGAGAUCUUAAAGGCACAGGAGAAGGCUGUCCCCAUAUGCUGAAAGAUGAGCCAGUGUGGAAAAAGACUGGUCUGGCUGAACAGAGAGCUUUUGCUGGAAGUCAGAGGAAAAAAGGAGUUGAUGACCUUUGGAAGAAGGGGCAGGCAACUCAGGAGGACUACAAGAUAACUGUUAUCUUUAAGUCAUACCAAGACUGUACAGAUCAGAAAGUAUACCAAGCAGUGACUGAUGACUUGCCUGCAGCUUUUGUUGAUGGUACGACAAGUGGAGGUGAUGGGAACACCAAGAGCUUGCGAAUUGUGGAGAAAGUUGGUGGCAAAUACGUCGAAAUGCAUGCCAAGUAUAUUGGGACCACAGUGUAUAUACGCCAGCUUGGGCACUACUUAACAUUGGCCAUUCGUAUGCCUCAAGAGUUGGUCAUGGCAUAUGAGGAGAGCCAGGACCUGCAGCUGUGUGUGAACGGUUGCCCUUCAAGUGAACGUAUUGAUGAUAGUGGCCACUUACCAUUGCCUGUGAUGGGGCAGUUGCUCCCUCAGGGUGGUGCUGCUGCUCCACGGUUAGCAUAUACACUGGAAACUGCCACAACCGAAUGUCAUGAGAAGAUGCUGGUGAAGGACAUCUAUUUUUACUCAUGUGUAUUCGACCUACUCACCACUGGUGAUGCUAACUUCACAGCUGCUGCUCACAGUGCCUUGCAGGAUGUGGAGGCAUUGCACCCCAGAAAAGAGCACUGGCAUAUCUUUCCCAGCAGUGGAGGUGGAGGUGUGGGCAAGGAUAGCAAAUUCUGUGUCAGUCUUAGACUUGUGUGCUUGAUCCUUGUUGUGUUCUUCUAGGUUUUUUGUCUAUAACAAAGUUUUCAAAUAUAUAUUGUAAUAAUAUAUUGAGUAAAGAUGAGUAUAUAUGUAUAUACCAUGUAUAAUAGGGGAUGUUUUGUCUUGGGACACCCACCAGAUUGUACAUACUGUGUUAACUGUUUUCAUGUAUGUUUGAGGUAGUAUUCUUUGUACCUAUUUGUUUUGCAGUUGGUAAAAUGUUUUAUAAUAUUCCUGCAUUGGGAUCUGAUGGAAAGCACUUUAUUUUUUAAACAUUAUGUAUUUAUGUAUGUAUAUCUGAGUAACUGUGUAUUAUGCAUAUA